CGUGCUUUUUCGUGCUUGUGUUGAGCGUGGCUUUCGAGUGGGGUCAGGCCUCGGACCGGCCCGACCCACAGCCACAUUUACGUAACAUAUGCUAGUACCACUUGUGUAUCUUCCUUAUGGUCUAGGUGGGUCUUGCAUUCCUGACGGAAAAUAUCGUAGUGUGAUUUUAGUUCCACACUUAAAAUUUGAGUAUAGUUAAUUAAUUAUAUAUUAUUUAAUUUUUCUACUUACUUCUUCAUAAAACUGUUCAAGAUUCGCCAUGAGUUAUAGGCGAGGCCGACGUCUUCAGGUUGUGGAUCAUUAAAUUCAUUAGUGUCCUACUAUUUAGCAAGUUGAAUGAUUUUGUUGUCAUAUUCCCUUUUGCGACCAAGACAUGUUACGUAUCUCAAGAAUCACAAAUUAUCAAAAUUGAUAUAAUUGGUUUAAUUAGAUAAUUCUCUUCUGAUCCAUACCACGUACUAUCACACUUGAAUAAUUUCAUUCAUAUAAGUUAUUACGUAUACUAAUUUAAAACCGAGGGCGUUCUUAAGUGAAUCUGAACUUAUCUGAAUUUAAUGAAACUGAUUAGAUUUGAUAGAGCUUUAUCAGACCUGAUUGCAAGAGAUUAAACUUGAGAGAUAUGACGUGGUUGAGACUUAUAUGACAUGAGAGAACUUGAUUGUAACUUAUUUGAACUUAUUUGACAUGAAACUUACUUUUUCUUAAGGGGAAAAGAACACAUCUUCAAUAUAUAUAUCCUCUAAUGUAAAAUACUAAUAUAUGGUACGAAACUAAACGUCUUAUUAGGAGUAGAUGAUUAAAACCAACACAAGUUUGUAAAGCUGUAGGGGAACUCACCUUACGACUUAAAAUGUCAUUAGAUUGAGCUUCAUCAGCUAUAAAUGCUUAGAAGUGACUCAAACGACUUACGUAAUUUGACUAGUUAACUAACCAUGAUUAAUCAUAAAGAUACUUUUGUGUGGUAGAGAAAUAAAAGGCUCAAAGCAUACAUGUGCUCUUACUUUUAUGCAUGUUGGUCGACGUUACGUACGGACGUUCUUAAUGUUCAAGUAAUCAAGUGGUUUGCAUGACAAAAUUGACAAUUGACAAUUGACAACCGGGUAAGGUUGCUCUCUACGUAUCAUCCUUUGAUUGAGUUUCUAGUUUCUUCUUUUAUGAUUUUGUAUUUGUCAACUCACAACUUUGACCGUAAAUUACCACUUAGUAAAAGUUAGAAAUUAAAAUAAUAUUUUGAAGCUAUUUAUUGAGAAAUAUACACUUAACACCAUUUUACAUUAUCUUGUUUAAUAUUUGUUUUAAAAUUUUACACAUGAAUAGAAAAGUACAUUAAAUUACGCCUUUAAAAUACGGAGUAUAAUGCAAAAGUCAAAAUCAUUGUAAUUAAUGAAUUUCACACGAACUGAAAUCCUAACUUCUGUGUACCUUUCCUUUUCAAAAAAAAAAAAAAAGUUUUGUAAGGUGCAAUGGAUAUACAAGUGAAUCUUGAUUAUUAUCAUUAGCCCAUUGGAUGGAUAACAACUAAUUUGUCUUCUGCCAACGAAGAACAACUAACAACAAGGCCCUACAACAAGUAACAAAGAGGCCCUACAACAAGUAACAAAGAGGCCCUACAACAAGGUCCAGUCCAAUUCACAUACAAAAGGGUUGACAUCACUUCCUCCCUAGUGUAGUUAUAUAGUUCGUUGGCGUUCAGUAAUUAAGCAAUGUCUUUGCCUAGUGAAACUGAAAAACUGAAAAGGUUUUCACAUUCAAACCGGGUGUCGAAAUUCAAUCCUCACUAGACGUACUCUCCCUUACUAUUUACCCUCCCCUUCUAAAGAUGGAUGUGGGUCACGUGAGGUUGGGCUUUGGACCGAGCCCAUAGUCGUGGGCCUAAACGGCUCGACCCACGCCAAGCCCACUUUACAUCGUGCUGAGUCAGGACAGGUCGUAAAGUUCAAAACAGGGCCCAGGCCCACGAACAGUCGUGCCUGGCUGGGCCAUUGUACCUAAGCCUAAUUUUACUAAAUUUAGCGUGUCUCGUCGUGUCGAGUCGAGUCUUGUCUUGCUUUAUCGUGCUUUUUCCAAAAAAAAAUUGCGGCUAAGGACAGACCCACAACUUCAUGCUCGUGUCGGACCGUGCUUCUUUUUUCCUUGUCGAGGCCCAAUCCCAACCCACAACCAUAUUUAGCCCCCCCACCCCCAAAAUGUCUUGCCCAUUUACCCAAAUCGGGUUAACCUGAACGAGAUUCCUGCCCGGACCCUUCAUCUUACCGUAUUAAAAAGAGACGGUCGAAUCUAGCCACUUUUGCUCUCCUUUUCCCGGGCCAACGUAGCACAAUCAACUUGCGUGUGACUAAGCAAAUUGAGGGAGAGGGACGAGUGAAAUGGCCAUUUAAUGUAUCUUAUUUAUUUGCUUGUUCAUGUUCUUCUCAAUUAGAUCUCCUCUAUCAGCCUAUUAGAACAAUAAUGCGUGUUCAUGAUGUCCAAACCCUGUGGCGGCUACGAGGACGACGUCUCGUAAUUAACUCGUAAGUAAGUACGUAGGAAGUAUUUGUAAUGAAUUUGGUCACUAAAUACAUUCAAUGACAUGAAUAUUUGUCAAUAAAGGUAUUCGAACCCAUGAACUAUUUGUCAUCAAAAUUGUAUUUCAAUGAAUUUGUUAGUUGCCUUUAGUUAUCUAGUUUACGUCAUUAUCAAUGAUGUCUUGGUCUGGUGGUUAAGAUUAAGGGUUUGUGUAUUAUAUAUAGGUCCCGGGUUUGAAUCGCCUCGACGCCUCCUCUAUUUGCGAUUUAUAUUGCUCAUGUGGCUCAUUUGCAACCAAAAAAAACUAAAACUAAAACUAAUUUAUGUCGUUGAGUGUCUUUAGUAACCACGUCUAUUAUGAUUAAGCUCCUCCGAAAAGAAUAAUCAUCAAAAGAGAAGUUGGACCCAGAUUUGGGCUACAUCUUGUUUUGGGCUUCAAGUGUGGGCUUAUUUAUCAAAUCUCUGUGUUGAAUUGGGCUUAUCAUCAGUGAGAUGAAGAAUAACAGAAAUGCAAUGAAGUUCAUUCAUUAGGACCAACUAAAAGAUCGUCUAGUGAUCAUUAUAUUACUCCCUCCUACGGAUGGGCAUGGGUCCAGGAUCCGGCCCGGGCUCGGUUGGACCCGGUCCAUUUUCAAGGUUCUGGGUCUAAUUAUUUGAGACCUGGGUCCAAUAUUCUCAAAAUCAGACCCGGUCCAGAUCCGACCCAUGGACCCGGUCAAUUAUUAGAAAUUAGAAAUAGUAUAAUUACAUACAUGCCUGCAUUAGUAUUUUGGCACUAAUUUGCGAAUUGUGAUAUUUUAUGUACCGAAUGUGAAUAUGUGAUGGUAAAUGACGGUUAAAUUAAUGGUGCGGGAAAUUUUUCUAAGACAAAAAUGUUUAAAAUGAAAAAACUCUAGACCCAUUUUUUACCCAGACCCAUUAGACCCAUUGGAUAAGGGUAUGGGUCUGCAUUUUUUUAGACCAAAUGGAUCUAGGGCGAGUCUGGGUCUGCCUCAAAAUAUGGGUAUGUGUCUCACCAGAUCCGGCCCAUGCUCAUCCCUACAGUCCCUCCGUCCCUAAAUGAUCGCCCCAUUUGAUUUGUCACGGUUAUCAAGACACAACUUAAAACGUAAAUAUCUCUAAAUAUAUUUAUGUAAAAAUUACAAAAAGUUGAUAUUCCGAAUAUAUACAUGAAACGAAUCUAAUUAACAGGACCCAACAUGAUUAUAUUAUUUCUUAUAGGCUAAUGAGAAUACAUUUGACCCAAAAAAAUACAAUGGGGUAGUUUUUAAGGGACAGAUGGAGUAGUACAUAAGUAACAUAACAAUUCUAAGAUGUUUGGCAAAGAAAAUUUAGUUUAGGACAAAAUUAUCACAUACUUGCCAUUUCAAGUAAAAUUUCUCAAAGUUAGAUACUUUAACCUCUUAUUACGUACUUUCUUGUACAUUUUCUCUAUGUUUUGCCAACUAUUAUUGUGCGCAAUUACGUAGGACAUAGGGAUUCCAAGGAAGAGGAUGAAAGUUUAUCCAUCUAAGUAUUACUCAAAUCAUUUUAUUGUAUGGAGUAGUAAUUUUAAUCCUCUUAUUUAUUUUCACAUGAUGUACUUAUGAAAAUAGUCCAUGCAAAUACGUACUAAUUUCUUCACGUAACGUAAAAGAAACAUACCCAUGCAUCAAGUUUAAUACUUACAAGCCAAUAGGUGUAUAUUAAUGGACCUCCGAUCAAUAGCAUUGUUAUUAUCUUAAUUAGCACCAUUAAUCAACUAUUAGUACAAAGUUCUAAUAGAAAUGGCCAAAAAUAAUCUUUUGGUAGUGCUUUUUGCUUUCAUAUCACUUUCUUCCUUAUUACUAGCAUCACAAACCCUAGCCAAAAAUGACAUAAAUUGGUGGUGCAACCGAACCACGAAUCCCGGACCAUGUAAACGUCUCAUGAGCCACCUCGAACCCAGUGACAAAGCCGAGUUCCAAAAAAUGACGAUCCAGAUAGCUCUGGAUCAUGCCGUUCUAGCACGUAAUCACACGAAAGAGCUCGAGCACAAAUGUCAAAAUGAGCGCGAGAAGGGUGCAUUAGCCGAUUGCCUAACCCUUCUCGAUAGCGCGAUCUUUGAGCUUAAGAAAACCCUAAACCCUAAUCAAAAGGGUUACACAGAGAAUGAUAAACAAACUUGGCUUAGCACUAGUUUAACCAACCUUGAGACUUGUAAACCCCCGUUUAAAUUACCAUAUUUAUCCAACAAUGUUGUUUCUAACUUAAUUAGCAAUAGCUUAGCCGUGCACCACAGCGUCGUCCCUAACCCUAACUCUAACCCUAACCCUAACACACAACCAUAUAAGCAAGGGUUCCCUACAUGGGUCACUAGACGCGAUAGGAAGCUAUUGCAAGGUUCUAGGUUAGCCACCGCGGCUAACCUAGUGGUGGCUCAAGAUGGGUCGGGGAACUUCAAGACUAUUCGGGAGGCUCUUGAUGAUGUCGCGGCUAAGAGAACCGGAAAUGGGAGGUUUGUCAUCCAUGUUAGAAGGGGUGUGUAUGAAGAAUACCUUGUGAUUGGUACCGAUUUGAAGAAUAUUAUGCUAGUAGGCGAUGGAAUGCAAAGUACCAUCAUUACCGGUAAUAGAAGUUAUGGAGGAGGUUUCACAACUAUAAACUCUGCAACCGUUGCGGUAACGGGAGAGGGAUUUAUAGCUCGAGGAAUAACAUUCCGUAACACCGCCGGUCCCGAGAAUCUCCAAGCCGUAGCACUCCUAGUCGGCUCCGACCACUCGGUCUUCUACCAAUGUGGUUUCGAAGGCUACCAAGACACGCUCUACGCCCUCUCACAAAGGCAAUUCUAUAGAGAAUGUGACAUCUAUGGUACGGUCGAUAUAAUAUUUGGUAACGCGGCCGCAAUAUUCCAAAAAUGUAACAUAAUCGUUAGGAAACCUCUUACAACGGAAAAAAAUACCGUGACCGCCCAAGGAAGAACUGAUCAUAACCAAAACACGGGCAUUGUUAUACAAAAUUCGCGCAUCAUUCCUUCGUCUGACCUUAAACCUUUCAUUUCGUCGAUCCAAUCUUUCUUAGGACGGCCGUGGAAACGAUAUUCUCGGACCGUCGUAAUGGGGAGCUACCUUGAUAGCCUUAUAAGUCCUCAAGGUUGGUUAGAAUGGGAUGCUACAAGUUUUGCACUUAAUACAUUGUAUUAUGCUGAGUACAAAAAUUAUGGGCCAGGAUCUUUAACAAAUGGAAGAGUUAAGUGGGGAGGGUACAAGAUUAUUACAAAUGUUUCUCGAGUUUCUCAGUUUUCUGUUGCUAGUUUUAUUGGUGGUCAAUCUUGGUUACCAACUGCUGAUGUUCCUUUUACUGUUGGUGUAAUAUUUGAUUAAAGAAUAUAUUAAUUAUUUGUUUAUUGAAAAUUUUAAUAAUCUAAAGGCCGAUCUAUUGAUGUAAUAUUUGAUUAAAGAGUAUAUUAAUUAUUUGUUUAUUGAAAAUUUUAAUAAUC